AUGGCAAUUCGCCACUAUCAACCUCCAUUCGCCUCCACUUCUUCUUCUAUCUCCAGUACAGAUUUAUUCAAACCCCCUCAACUUUAUCUUUCAUCGUCUGUCCGGUGCAAUAUCUCCGUCGCUUCCAAACUAGAACCCGAACCUCAUCCAGUUUUCACCUCCGUUAAGUCAUUCGCCCCCGCCACCGUAGCCAACCUCGGGCCUGGUUUCGACUUCCUCGGCUGCGCAAUCGACGGCAUCGGAGAUUACGUUACCCUCACAGUCGACCCCCAAGUCCAACCCGGCAGAUUAUCAAUUGCAGAAAUCAACGGCGUUGACAAGUCUUCCAAGAGGCUCAGCAGAAACCCUCUAUGGAAUUGCGCUGGAAUCGCUGCAAUCUCAGUCAUGAAGAUGCUCAAAAUCCGAUCUGUGGGUCUCUCUUUAUCCAUCAAUGCAUGUCUCCCCCUUCGAGGCGGCCUAGGCUCCAGCGCCGCUAGCGCUGCCGCCGCCGCCGUUGCGGUUAAUGAGAUUUUCGGAGGGAAGUUACAGGAAUCCGAUUUGAUACUCGCGGGGCUCGAAGCUGAAGCGAAGUUAUCCGGUUAUCACGCCGAUAACAUUGCUCCGGCAAUCAUGGGUGGGUUUGUGUUGAUCAGAAGCUAUGAUCCAUUAGAGUUGAUCUCCUUGAAGUUUCCACCGGAAAAGAAUCUGUUUUUCGUGUUGGUGAAUCCUGAAUUCCAAGCACAAACGAAGAAGAUGAGGGCGGUUCUCCCGACGGAGAUAACAAUGUCGGAUCAUGUAUGGAAUUGUAGUCAGGCGGCGGCGUUGGUGGCAGGUGUAUUGCAGGGAGAUUUGGUGGGGUUUGGGAAGGCAUUAUCGUCGGAUAGAAUAGUGGAGCCACGGCGGGCGCCAUUGCUUCCGGGGAUGGAAGAUGUGAAGAAGGCGGCAAUGGAGGCAGGGGCAUAUGGGUGUACGAUAAGUGGGUCUGGGCCGACGGUGGUGGCGGUGACGGAUGAUGAAGAUAAAGGGAGGGAGAUCGGGGAGAAGAUGGUGGAAGCUUUUGUGGAGAAGGGAAAGUUGAAAGCUUUGGCUAUGGUGAAGAAACUUGGCAGAGUUGGUGCUAGGGUUAUUAGUCGUACCUCCAGCCAUUGA